UUUGUCCUACGCAGCUUUCCGUACCAAAACAAAGAAGAGUCGAUACCAGGAUGGAUAAUAUACAACCAGAGAGAAAAUAUAUAAAGUGCGCAUUUAUUAGUGUAACUAGCUACAUGAUAACUUUAUAGACUGCGUAUUUAUUUUUUUCUAACAUAGUUAAAAUGUGUUUUAUUUUAUAUGUAUUUGUUUUAUUUUCGUAAAAUAGCUAUGCUGUUGCUAACGAUGCUAGCUAGUUAGCAGCAGCGGUGCUAAUGGAAGAUAUUUAAAAUGGUGCAGAACAUGUUCCGAACCGGGUUUCUGGUUCGGGCCACACACACCCUGCUCACCUGGGUCAUAACCCUCAUACUGUUCCUGCACAACACCGAUUUGCGGAAGUGUGAGGAGCGAGGAGAGCUGCUGCUGCCGGUUCUGUUCUUCCUUCUGGUCAUGCUGUCGGUCCUCCUAUACUUUGCUGUUUCUUUAAUGGACCCUGGUUUCAUUCUCACUGACUCUGUCAAGGGUUCAAAUGAGGAAAUGGAGUCGAUGAUUCCUCAGUCUUUGACCCCUCGGCUGCGGCGCUGUGGAUACUGCCUGCUGCAGCAGCCAAUGAGAGCGAAGCACUGUCAGACGUGUAAACGCUGCGUUCGUCGCUUCGACCACCACUGCCCCUGGAUCGAGAACUGUGUUGGAGAGAGGAACCACCGCUGGUUCAUCGUCUACUUGUUGGUGCAGCUGCUCGCUCUGCUGUGGGCGCUUCACAUCGCUCUGUCUGGCAUCUCAUCCAGCGUCACAUGGGAGCUGUGGUUCAGAGUGAACGGGUUCCUGCUGGCGGCGCUGGCCGUCGUCUGUGUGUUCUCCAUGGUGGUGGUGCUGCUGCUGGGCUGCCACCUCUACCUGGUCUCCGUCAACUGCACCACCUGGGAGUUCAUGUCGCGCCACAGGAUCUCUUACCUGAAGAACUGCGGAGACGAGGAGAACCCGUUUGAUCGCGGAAUCAUCUGCAACCUGUGGGAUUUCUUCUGCAUCUGCAGGACGGUGGUGUGGGAGAAAACGUACGACAGAAACACCCCGAAUUCUGUCUGACCUCUAACCAGACGGCACAUCACCGUCAGACACAAGUCAGACACUACUUUCAGGGAAAGAAAAUCUUUUUUUAACCUUAAUAGAAUUAUUUUAUUUUCUUUUUUGAGGAGAACUUGACUACUAAUGUGGACCAUAAGAUGUUUCCUAACUACCUGCAAAGGUUGACAAACAGUGCUUAGCAGGCAUUACGCAAACUACCUGCAUUCAAGAUGGUUAUUCAUUUCUAAUUUACUUAAAUGUUCACCUGAUUUUUGAUACAGAUAACAACAUUGCUUUGCUGCCAUGAGUACAAACACAUUUUUCUACUAAUGGAGAUGGCCUUGGCGGAGGUCUGCGCUCUCCGACUGCACUUCUAGUUUAUUGAUAUUUUGGUUUCAAUAGACCUUACCUACAAAUAUGAAAAAUAUUAUUAUUAACUCAUCAUUUUAGCCUUUCACUCGGACCAAAUAAAAAGUGUGCAUCUUCAUUAAUCCUAGCGCAAUUAUAAAUGAAAUCUGAUUUGAAGAAUAUUUAAACAAGGCUAAAAAUCUGACAUUCUGCGCUUAUUUUUGGUUUUAGUUUGUUACUUGAUUCUACGGACAACAAAAGGAAUAAGGUUUCACAACUACUAUUUAUUUGGUGGAAGGUAAAUUUACUCAAGUACUGUACUUAAGUACAAAUUCGAGGUACUUGUUCUUUACUUGAGUAUUUCCAUUUUAUGCUACUUUAUCCUUCUACUCCACUACAGUUUGGAGGCAAACACUGUACUUGUCACUCCACUACACAGACAGAUUUAAUUACUUUGCAGAUUCCAAUUAUUCAUACAAAAAUAUGUUUGACGAAUACAUUUAGCAUAAUAAAUACUUAAGAACCUUUGGUACUUUAUGUAUAUUUUAAAACUUAUGCUUUUACUUAAGUAUGGUUUUGAAAGCAGGAGUUUUACUAGACCAUCCAUCCAAGUCCACAAUGACAGAAAUGCAUUUUUAAAAAAUAUGUACUUUCAGGCUUUUUUGUUGAAAGACAGAAGAAAACACUCCGUCGUUUUCUCUCAGGUCUGGUCACCACUUCUCUUCUGUAAGUCUUUCUGUUGUUGCCUUGUGAGAGUGGUGACCGCCACAUUACAACACUUUCUGCCUUCAUGUCUGGUGCGACUCAUGUCUUGUGCCUUUAUUUAAGUGUUCAAAAUGAACUUAACUAUGAGAUCAUCUUCACAUAGAGAACCAAAUAUUUUACAAACCUUUUUUCUGACUGUAUUUGUUCUGUUUGUAUUUAUUGACAACAAGAGUACAUUAAAACACUGAUGAUAUGCAUGUUGUUAUAGAGUACAUCUGUACAGACUGACAUUCCUUGUCAGGACGCUUCACAUACAUAUACAUACAUACAUACAUACAUACAUACAUACAUACAUACAUAAAUACAGUACUGACACAUUAGUAACAUGUAAUAUUCAGCAGCAUGAACUUAAAGUGCUACAGCAGCUAAAUCAACGCCGGCUGGUUGUCCUGUUACAUUUGAUUUGUUUAGCUGACGGUCUGCUCCAGGGUUCAGCAGGACUUACUGGCCCCUUUUUAACCUUUCACUUUAGGACAGUCUUCCUAUCUGUUUAAAGAGCAACUUAACACCCUGUUACAGCUCUGACAGACCUGACAGCUCCCUCUAUGUAUAGCAGUAAAUAAAUUACAAAAGAACUGAGUGAGCACUAAUAUUCCUGCUAGAUCACUCAGGGACACAUUUGUGACGGAACACAACAGAUCCUUGAGCUACCAGAUGGUUUGAGCCUGAAAGAUGAAUUAUUUAAACAUUUAAGUGACUUAAGGGGCUUCUCUUAUUUGUUAUUAUCGUUAUAAGUUGCUCAUUCUUACUUUUGGCAAUCUCAUACAGCAACGGGAUACCGGACUCAAAGUUGGUGCUCACUCAGUUGAAUGAAAAUUGCUCGCCUGAUGUAUAGACUCAUUUAGGACUUGAGGCUUUAUUCCUGUUGGACGCCUC